AUGUCUUACUAUACUCUCUGGAUGCUGCAUGUGCCCUCUCAUCAGUGGGUUAUUAUAUUGAUUUCUGCAUUACCUCCACUCAAAGCCUGCCUUGGUUGCAUUUUCAUGGUCCUAGGGACUUCCCUCAACUUUCUGCUCACUCAUGCAUUUUAUUCUGUUCUAUUCUUCUAUUCCUCUCCUGCUCUCAAUUUUCUCCCUCAGCUUCCAGUACCCUUUUCAGUUGAUUUCUCGUUAUCUAGCAAUAUUCUUAUUCAUUCUGGUCUUGGAUAUCUUCCCUAUCUUUGUGUUGAACACUUUUUGAACACUUCAUUUGACUUUGGCCUGGGAUCUCUCUCUAUGGAUAUCUAG